AUGGGUCCUCCUGAACUCCCUAUUUCCACACUAGCAGUGAUGGCUGCGGAUGUGGCCUCGGCCAAGCCGCUCUUUUUGGCCUGGGGCGGAGCCGCGGCAGCAGGUUCGGCGCUGGAGGUUCCGCGGGAGUUGGGGGAGUGUCUGGGGCUGGCGGAGGGGGAGGGGGUGCGCGUAAGGGUGCGCCUGUGGGGGAGCAUUCCGCCCGCGGAGGCUGUCCACGUGGCACCUGCCACGUCAGACGACUGGGAGGUGCUGGAGCUGAAUCCGGCGCUUCUGGAGGAAACCAUUCUGCAGCAGGUGGGCGCGGUUGCAGCAGGGCAGUCCUUCCCCAUAUGGGCGCAGGGGCAGGCCCCCCUGCGCCUGUGCGCGCUCUCCGCGUCCCCCUCCCCCCUGGUGCGCCUGGUGCCCGGAUCCGAGGGCCCAGCAUCCAGCUGGUCCAGCCAAUCGCAGCGCUUCUCCUCGCGCUCCUCCGUUCCUGUGCGGGUGCUGCCCUCCUGCCACGUGGCAGCAGGCCAUUUGAUGAUACCUCCGGCCCUUUCCCUGUGCCUGGCAGUAGACUGGUUCUCAAAGGUGCUCCUCAAAGGGACUGUAGGCGCUUGGGGUGGUGGAGAGGGGUGGAACGCGGUUGGGGCUGGUGAUGAUGGGUGGAAUGCGGUUGGGGGUGGUGGAGUGGAGACCCGGAACGGUGGAGGGGAGGGAGUGAGUGGGGGAAGAAGCAGAGGGAGUGCAGGGAAAGGGAGUGUGAGGGAACCCUCUCACACAUCUCCUCCCUCCACUGUCUCCUCCUGCCUCCUCAUUCCUCCCCCUCCCUCUCUCUUCCUCACCCCUCUGGUCCUCUCUGGUGCUGCGUCAGUGGGGGGUGCGGUGUCAAGGGGAGGAUCCGGGGGAGCAGGCGCAGGAGGGGGAACGGAAGGGGGAGGGAGUGUUAUUGGUGAUUUUUAUCCAGGGAACGAGCAGCAGCAGAUUCAGCAGCUGGAUCGGCAGCAGCAGGCGCGGUUAGAAGCGGUUGGAGUGGGUGCUGCUGUGGAAGCAGCAGAAAGGCAUUGGAGGAGAGUAGCUGGGUGGAGGGGAAGAGAGGGGGGAAGGACUAGAGAAGGGGAGAGUGGUGCUGGAAUGGAGGAGGGAGAGGGAAGGGAGCAAGAGGAGGAGGAUGAGGGGAGGAAAUCCCAAGGCCGCUUUGAGGUGUCUCAAGAAAAGAGUUGUUCAGGAGUGCGGGCGCUGGUCUGUGUGUUGCUGCAAGGAGUCGGGGUGGGGCAAGCUAGGAGAGAGCAAGAAAGAAGAGGAGGGGAGCAAGAAAGAAGAGGAGGGGAGCAAGAAAGAAGAGGAGGGGAGCAAGAAAGAAGAGGAGGGGAGCAACAAAGGGGACAGAUGGGGGGGGUGCCUCUGGUGGAUGGUGCGGUGCUGAGACUUGUGUGGUGGGACAGAGCAGGUCGGGGCAGAGCAGGUUGGGACGGAGUGGGUGAGGGUGGAAUGGAUAGGGUUGAAGAUGGAGCUGCAGAGGGAGGUGAGGGAACAGCAGCAGCAGCAGCAGCAGCAUCAGUACCUGCAGCAGCAGGAGCAGCGAGGGACGCUCUCUUUCUGCUCACCUUUGGCUCGCCCCCAGGGGGGCGCACUCGCCCUGCUGCUGCUACUGCUGCUAGUGGUGUGGCUGGCAUAGGUAACUCGCCUUAUGACCCACUUCGACAGCAGCAGCAGCAGAUGGGAGCAUUGACCGCACUCGCAGGAGCGGUGUUGGGAGGAAGCAUGGGGCUGGGAGGGGCUGCAGGGCAGGGGAUGAUGGGAGGUGGUGGAACCAGGAGGACCGGCAGUCUGGCAGGAGGGAUGGGACCUGGGAGCAGUAUGGGAGCAUAUGGGAGUGCUUCACCAGUCCCUGGCUCUAUCUCUCAUGGGUCGACAUUGGGAUCUUCAGAUAAACCCACAGAUGGACCUUCCUCUGAAGCGUCUAAGACGCUUCCUGCCGUUCGGGCGGCUGCCAGCGAGGCGGUGGACAGCCUGGCGCUGCUGGCGGCCGUCCAAUCGGAGCGCAGCGCUGUAGCACUGGGAGCUCCCAUGGAGUGGGCUGUCCCCUUUACAAGCAGCCCCGGAAUCGUUUGUAGCCCGGUGCAGGCCCAGUCAGCAGCAUCGCCUCAUCAUAACUCAGCUAUCUCUCUGGGCUCCAUUCUCCUCCACGGCCCCCCUGCAAGUGGCAAAACCUCCCUAGCUUCGGCCCUGGCCUGGCAGGUUCGGAACGACCGAACCUGCCUUGCGCACAUGGAGUUUGUCAGCUGCUCUAGGCUCGGGUCCGAGCCUGCGAAGGAGGUUCGGCGGGUGCUGGGGAAGGCGGUGGCGCGGGCCAAUGAGAGGGCGCCAGCUGUCGUUGUGUUGGACGAUCUGGAUGUGUUGGUUCCGGGGGCGAGUGGAGGGCCGGAGGAAGGGACAGGUGGCGGCGCGGGAUUGGUGGAGUUCGUUGCUGACCUGAUGGAUGAAUGCCAGGUGAGCAGCAUGACAUGGGCCACAGAGCAGCGCUGCUCAGGCGAAUUCUGUUUUGAGUCCGACUUUCCUAUUUGCCCUCUCACCUCCGUCUCCUCCCUUUCUGCUCGUCCCCUCCCCUCCAUCUACCAGUCCCACAAUGCCCCUAUAGCCUUCCUAGCAACAGCCCCCUCGCCAUCCGCCAUAGCGCCAUCUCUCCGUGCCGCAUGCCGUUUUGACACCCCUGUGGAGCUACCCGCCAUGGGGGAGGGCGAGAGGGCAGCGCUGCUCAGGCGGAUCCUGCAGGAGAGGGGGAUUGGGUGGCAGGGGGGGGACUCUCUGCUCCAAUUGGUGGCUGCCAGGUGUCAGGGCUGCGACGCGUCGGAUCUUGAGGUGCUUGUUGAUCGUGCGGCUCACGCGAGGCGAGGGCAUGUGAUGUUCGAAGCAGGAAGAAGGGGAAAGGGUAGGGAUGGGUUUGGGGAAGGUGAGAGUGAGGGCGGAGGAGGAGGAGGAGAGAAGGAAAAGGGAGGAGUCAGAGGCAGAGUAGCCAUGAUGGUGCCAGAAACGGCCAGAGGAGAGCAGAGGUGGGCACAGGAGCAGGUGGAGCAGGUGGAGCAGGAGCAGCAAGAGCAGUCAAUACAGCGGCACCAGCAGCAGCAGGCACAGCAGCAGCAGGCGCAGCAGCAGCAUCCACUCCUCCUCUCGGAGCCAGACUUCUCUGCCGCCCUGCAAGGCUUCGUCCCAGCAGCCGUGCGUGGCGUCGCCAAGCUCUCCUCCUCCUCGGACCCCUCCUCCUCUUCAUCCUCUUCCUCCUCCCCCCAGCUAGGCUGGGACGACGUGGGAGGAAUGGCUGACGCCCAAACAGCCCUUAGAGAAGUCUUAGAGCUCCCAGCCCAGCACUCCCAUAUCUUCGCCUCAGCUCCCCUCCGCCUUCGCACCGGUGUGCUUCUCUUCGGCCCGCCUGGGUGUGGGAAGACUCACAUUGUCGGCGCUGCUGCUGCUGCGUGUGGGAUUCGGUGUGUCUCUGUGAAAGGCCCGGAGCUGCUGAAUAAGUACAUUGGAGCUUCGGAGCAGGCGGUUCGGGACGUGUUCUCCCGAGCCUCCCGCGCCGCUCCGUGCAUUCUGUUUUUCGAUGAGUUUGAUGCGAUUGCACCGCGAAGAGGGCAUGAUAGCACAGGGGUGACUGACAGAGUAGUGAAUCAGCUACUAACGGAGCUGGAUGGUGUGGAGGGGUUAGAAGGGGUUUUUGUGGUGGCCGCUACGAGCCGUCCAGAUCUGAUCGAUCCGGCUCUGCUGCGUCCUGGACGGUUGGAUCGGCUCGUGCUCUGCGAUUUCCCCGGGGAGGAGGACCGGCUGGCGAUUCUCCGCGCGCUUUCCAGGACGCUUCCUCUGAGUGCUGACGUGGACCUUGCUGAGCUGGCGCGACGCACGGAGGGGUUCAGCGGCGCAGAUCUGCAGGCCUUGCUGGCAGAUGCACAGCUGGCGGCGGUGCAUGCUGUGCUGGAUGAGAGUGAACGGGGGGGAGGAAGGGAGAGUGGGAAAGGGGGAGGAGAGGAGGUUGAGAAGAGGGGAGGAGGGGAGAGUGAGAAGGGAGGAGGAGAGGAGGCAGCUGGGGAGGGGAAGAGAAGUGGAGAUGGAGGGGAAGAUAAGACAGAGGUGGAAGGGGGAGCAGGGAGGCAGGCAGUGGAGGGUAGAGGUUCCGAGGACCAGAAGAAGCACCGGAGAGCGAAGACAGGAUUGGCGAGGAAGGGCAGAACGGGGAAGAAAGCGGAGGGAGUGGAGGCAGGGAGGCCAGUACUGGGGAGGGUGCAUCUGCAGCAGGCGGUGGGCAGCGUGCGGCCGUCCGUGUCAGCAGCAGAGAGGCAGCGGCUGUCGGAUAUCUACGAUGAGAUGAUGGGGGCGCGGAAGGGGAGCAGUGCUGCUGCGAUGGCGGAGAGGAAAGGGAAGCGGGCCACCUUGGCCUGA